UGCUAGUUUGGUUACUUAUUCUGAUCAAGGAAAAAGAUCAGAGGAGUGGUUUUCAUGUGGGCUUCUGCUUCAAAGUUACUGAUCAGUAGUGGAUCAGACCCCAGAAAGCAGCUGAUUAUGCUGAAAUAGCACUACCUGUUUCUAUUUACAAAAAAAUGGCAUCUAAAGGUUUAACAGAAAAUGUUGCAAACUUAGAGGAGAAAGCACUGAAACCUGAACUUCCUACAACCUGCAUGUGCAGGAAACAAUGUAACAACUGUAAGAUUUUCCUGGGAUUCUUCGUAUUGUCCCUCUCGUUGCAUUUGAUCACACUUUUCUGCUAUCUGGAUCUCAGAUCUGAAGUGAAACGCGAGCUUUCACAGAAAAACAGAGAUGAAAUUGUGACGCCGGGUGCAACUGACUUAAAUGAACCGCUUUCCCCUGAAUACCAUCUUUUGGACAUCAGCUACCCUACAAUGGACCAAGAGGUUGCGUCAAAUGUAUUCAUCAGUGAAGACAGUUCUCACAGCACAGAAGAAAAUAAAAGGGUAAUUCACCGAGUUAAAAGAAGUCCAAGUAAACGACCUGAAACAGAUCCAGAAAGUAAGCAAAGGAGAAAAGGCAAGAAAGGACCACCCGGUGCGCCUGGCCCCCCCGGGCCCCCAGGGCCUCCAGGGCCACAGGGCCCACCGGGAAUUCCGGGAAUCCCUGGAAUUCCGGGAAGCAAUGCCAUGGGGCCAGCUGGGCCACCUGGGCCCCCUGGCCCUGCUGGACCCCCAGGGCCACAGGGCCCUCCUGGCCCACAGGGACCUGCAGGAGGCACGGACAAAACUAGGGCCAGAGACAUGCAGCCUGCUGUUGUACAUUUGCAAGGCCAAGAAACAACGAUACAAGUCAAGGAAGAUCUUUCAGAAGGCGUACUCAAAAACUGGAAAAUGAUAUCCAUACACCCCAAGGUGUUCAAGAUGCACUCACGAUCUGGGGAGCUGGAGGUGCUAGUUGAUGGCACGUACUUCAUCUAUAGUCAGGUAGAAGUAUACUACCUCAACUUUACAGACAUCGCCAGCUAUGAGGUGAUGGUGGACAAAACUCCUUUCCUGCGUUGCACUCGCAGCAUUGAGACUGGCCAGAGGAAAUUCAACACCUGCUACACUGCAGGAGUUUGCCUCCUGAAGGCCAGGCAGAAAAUUUCCAUCAAAAUGGUGUACGAAGACACCUCCAUCAGCAUGACGAACCACACCACGUUCCUUGGAAGUAUUCGACUUGGGGAGGCUCCAUCUUCAGGCCGUUCUUGAGGUGCAUCACGAGUGUGCUCGUUCAGCUCUGACAGGCCUUCUUCUAUUUUGCUUUGUGACUACUAGGCAAAUGCAAAAGACUCAAUGAAACACAAAUCACACUGCCUCUGAAAAACCCAUCUUCUGUAGUCAUCUCCUGUAGCAGCUGAUCAGGAUCUUCAUUCAACAUUUAUCCUUAGUAUUAUGAUCCCACCCUAUUAGAUGUGUAAAAGAUAAACUAAUUCCUUGGAAACUGUCAUACAGCUUCUCAUCAAAUUGUAUAUCAUUAUUUGACUACCUGCUGGAAUGUACAUUCCAGUGUAAAGCCAUGAAGAAAGAGAAAGGAUGGAUAUAUAUAUAUCAAAGCAGGAAAUCUUAUACUGUAAGUUAAAAUUAUUGCUCCACCCUAUGUGUUUAUUCCCUUUAGCAAAUACGAUUUUAGCUAUUGCAAGAAAAUGCCAACCUGAAAACCAACUAUUUUCUACUUUAAGUUGUUCCAUCAGUUAACUGCAGCUGGUGUUUCUUUGUUGUCAUUACUGUUUUGUUUAUAAUACAGUAUAAGCCAAUAAGCAAACCUUAUUAUUCUUCCACAGUAUUCCACAGUAUCAAAUACAUUUUGCAGUAUCUUUCUAGUGCAUGUUCUGUUAAACAAGUUAAAAAGGGACCACAAAGCUGCAAACCAAAAGAGCAUGAGUAUGUUUCUGGUUGCUCUGUACAUUCAUUCGUGAGAAAGAGCUAGCAGCAGCUAAAGCUGAUUAAUGAGGAUGACUGAUUGAUAGAUGUUUGUUGAACUUCAUUAGCUUCCAUCGGCUUUCCAAUAAGUACCAUAUGGUACUGCUGUUUUCAGCAUGUUAAUUAACAUUCAGCUAAUAAUUAUCUCGAAAACCUAAAGGGUGAAAUCAGGAGAAUUGUGUUCUGUUUUGUCUUCCUAUAUAUUAAUAAUGGGUAAAUGAUACUGGACUGCAAAUGUGUUGGAAAUGUUUUUUCUGAGCACAUUUUUUUAAAACCUUUUAGGAAUAAGAAGGCCCUUUUCGUGUGGCUUAGAUAAUGUUUAAAUUGUUGAAAGUGAAAAUUAGCCUUUUAUGGAAAUGCUUUACUAUGUCUAAUAAUAGUAAUAACGAGUGCAACCUACCCCUUACCCCCCAUGAAAAAAGAAAAGCUAGAAACGUACAACAAGGUAAUUGUAAAUAAUGUAUACUGUAUUUAUAAAUCAUUUUCUAAGAUCCAAUAGGAAAAAAACAAAAACAAAAAAAAGAUGCAGGUGUAUUUCAGGAUGGGGUUUGAGAACUACAAUUGUAGAUCACAUGUCUGCUUCCUAAAUGUUUUGUAAUGUCAGUAACACUAAAAUGGAAUACUAAUCAAUUGUUUUAUGUGUUGUGUAAGGAUGGUAACUAAAUCAGAUUUAGAUGCUUUUGAUAAAUCAGAUUUUAUAUAAAAAGCAAUGUACAUUUCUAAUAAUUGUGAUGCAGAAAAAAAAAGACUACACUUUCUUAUGAGACCUUCCUUCAAAUUACUUUCAGGCAAGGCAAACUUUUGAAUAGCUGUCUAAAUGUCCUCUCUUUUGAACUUGUACAGGAAGAAAACUCUCCCAAGUUCAAUAAUUUGAUUGUUACAGUGAAGCAGGUUUUUUUAUAUAAAAAGGGUUACCCUUGAGGAGUGAGAGUUUCAUACUGCAAUUUUUCUGAAUCCUAGUGCAAUGUCCAUCUGCUGGGGAACUUUCACAAAGAGUCAUCACAAAGAGCUUUGCGUGUUCGCUUUUCCGGUAAAAUGUACAUUUCACCAAGAAACGAAGACACAGCUGGAAGCAAUUGGAAAACAGUGCAAGCAAACAAACAAGCUGAACAGUUUUUCACAGGGAGCCUUUUCUGUGAAUGUUACUAGUGUGUUACUAAAAUGGUAAUAUACAUUUUUAUUCAUAUAAAAUUAAAUUUUACUUGGGUUUUAUUUUCAGAUACAAUAGGAUCCCAUUCUUAGAAAGCAAACUAAGUACAACUGAAAGAGAGGUUAGAAAGGAUUCUUCAUCACUAUUGUGUGCAUUUAUAGAGAGCUUAGUGAAUUAAUCCCUUUGCUUCCAAAGAAAAAAGUAACUGGUAAUAUGUUGAGGUGUCGGUGUUGAAUUAGCUAAUGGUAUUAUUUUUAAUUUUUAAUUGUUCUUCAGAUCUCCUUAAAACAUCAUUUUUUGUAUUUGUAACUGAGUUAUCAUGCACUAGGCUUCAUUAGUUAACACUGGUAGAAGCCCACAAUUUUGUUUAAAAUCAUCUUAUAUCAUGGGUCUUCAAUAAAAUGGUCAGGCAUAUUCUUAAUCGACAGCUAUUGACAGGAUAAAACCCCUUUGCAUACACCGUCUCGUUUCAAGGGGUCCUGUGAUUGAAUAUGAUUGUCUCUAAGUACUCCAGCUGACUUGAAUCCAACCCCAAGUGCUUCUUUCCUGGCAGAUACUCCUUUAAAGCCCAAGUCUAAUGUUCUCAUGCUAAGAAAGAACUGACUGCAAUUUCAGAUGGAAGAAACCUUACAUGCUCCUGUUAUGGAAUGUCGCUGUAUCUGUUUUAACCCAAACACAAAUCUGAGACAAGAUACCAUGCAUUUACACUUAUUUAGUUUUCUUAUUGCUAAACCCAUAAUGUGUUUUUGUUGUUGUUUGAGAUGCAGGCAUUUUUUAUAAAAGUUUAUUAACACCUCUUAUUUACAUUUUUUAUCACUGAAGAAAUAUGUCAUUUUUUUGUGUUACCUUUUCUUGGAUAGCUUUGUUUUCCAAUUCAUUUUUAACUGUAUUUUAUUGUAACAAAAUGCAUUUCUCUUACAUUUCUAACAUUAUGUACAGUAUAGUUGGAGUUUAAAGGAGAAAAUGGGCUUUUAUUUAGAUACAAUGUUCAUACAUUCUUUAAAUACUUUGAUAAUUUCAUAAUGUGUUUUCACCUGAUAUUAUUCAAAGGAUUUUGUGUUCUUCACAUAAACUGUUUUUUUUUUCCAGAAAAAUUCAUCAAAAUACAAAAAUACUUAUAGUUAGAUUAUAGUUUCACAAUAAGACAUGAAAGUGAUAAUUAGUCAUUUUAGGAAUCCAUAGAAACAGAUUUACAAAGUAAGAAUUAAAGAUAAUGAAAUUAGACCUUUAACAAGAGUUUAUUAAAAAAUAAACUUUUGACUUGUUUUUUUUUUAGUUGUUUUCCAUAGAAGCCUUUCAGUUUCUUCACAUCAUGAAUUGUGUACUACAUAAUUAUGGUAUAUUUUUAAUUGUUAUCCUAGUUGAUGGAAUAUACUGUACAUUU